GUGAGCUUCGAGUGCUCAGCCUCUCCAUAAGCCAUUUGUGCCGCUAUCCUAUAUCGCUGGUAUUUCGGUUGUCCUCUGUUUGUAUCUUGGGAUGCCUAUCCACAGACACAUUAAAAACGUAGUGCAUAACUACACGGAUGCUGAGAGAAAAGUCCGUGAAGCCACUUCGAAUGAUCCCUGGGGUCCUAGUAGCACUUUAAUGGCUGAAAUAGCAGACAAGACUCAUAACGUAAUGGCAUUCACGGAAAUAAUGCAAAUGAUUUGGCGGCGAUUGAAUGAUAAAAGUAAAAAUUGGCGUCAUGUGUACAAGUCACUUGUUCUACUGGAUUAUUUAACGAAAACAGGCAGCGACAAGGUGGCUACACAAUGUCGGGAAAAUAUUCACUCGAUUGAAACACUCAAAGAUUUUGAAUAUGUUGAAGAUGGCAAAGAUUGUGGUCAAAAUGUUCGUGAGAAAGCACGUCUAUUAAGUUCACUUCUUAGAGAUGAAGAACGUCUGCAUGAAGAACGUACAAAAGCUUUAUUAGCUCGUGAUCGUUUAAUGCAUGGUGGACUUGGAAUAACAGCUUCUGCUUCAGCUGGUGGUGAUUCACCAAAUAAAUAUGGAUUUUCAUCUACUGGUCGUAGUAGUUAUCCAAUUGGAUAUCCUGGUUCAAGUUAUUUUGAAAAAUCAACCUUACCUUUACCUUCAAAAUCCCCUGUCCCUCAUGCUUCAACUGAACUUGAAUCGGUUAGGCCACAAUCUGCUGGUGAAGAACAACUUCAUUUGCAACUCGCUUUGGCUAUUAGUAAAGAAGAACACGAUAGAGAGGAACGCCGAAGACGAGCUGAAGAGGCAAAAGAAGAAGCCAAAGUACAAAUGGUGAUAGAACAGAGUCGUCGGGAAGAACAGAAGGAUAAAUCAAGUCGACAUUCAACAUCAAAUAUUCCUUCAGCAUCUAGUGCUUUUGAAUCACCAUCGUAUACUUCUAGUGGUGGAUUAUUCAGCUUAGUUGAUACUUCAUUAUCGGCUGCACCAGCUCAUCUACCAGAUCCAUGGUCAACACCGUUAGUACCUCCAAACAAUCCCCUGAAUAAUACAUCAUCGCCUACUCCGUCUACUUCGUUUACUAAUAAUACAUUGGCUCCGUCAACGUCGACAUUUCCACUUGUACCUAUUGAUGAUCCUUGGAGUCCAAAAAGUCAGCCAAAUGUUCAAGCCUAUCCUACAGCAAGUAAUUCAGACAGUGUGUGGAAUUUAGAAUCGACUCUAGGUGCUACACUACCGUCCACAUCGAAUAUAAAUAAUGAAUCGAAUCCAUUAAAUCAUCAUAAUCAACAGCAUAACAUAACUACUAACAACACCAACAACACUGUCACUACCACUCCAGCUACCACCACCAUGGCCAACAACAAUGGUCACUUUGAUUUUGAUUUAAAUGGAAAUGUAGCUAAUGGUAGUGAAAGUUUUCAGCAACAACAACAACAACAAUUGCAGCACCAGCAGUUUGUUGCUUCGUCUUCUUCGUCGUCUUCUUCUGCUUCUCAAAUCAAUCAGGCCUCUUCAUCACCAUCAUCAGCCAACGAGUUGCAACAAGACCUGCAACAACCUGUACGUAAACGAACUCCUGCUGACUUCUUAGGUGAACAUCAAAAACUGGUUGAUCUAGAAAAAUUGGUUGAGAAAAAUCCAGCGUCAACGAAUCCGUUCACAGUUGGCCCAAAAUCUGUAACAGGCGCUGCAUCGAAUCCAUUCAUAGCUAAUCAACAUAUAAAACCAUCAUUGAAUCAGUUGGCGCCAACAUCAGCCGCCGCUUUACCAGGACCAAGUUAUUAUAAUCCUUCGGUGAAUAUUCCUACUGCUGCUGCUAAUAAUCAUAUUAAUAAUCCAAUGUACUAUCCGGUUCGACCUUAUUUCGCCGCCGCUGCCGCUGCAAAUGUACAACCUAAUUAUUUAGUAGCGAUGAAUUCAAAUGCUGCAUGGUCUGUUUUAGAUGGUUCUGGCGGUAAUAUGAUGCAUCAACAACAAGCAAGUAGUUUGAAUCCAUUUUAUUGAAAUUUUUUCUUCUGCUUUUUUAAUUUUUAAUUUCAACGUUAUUAUCACAUAUAUAACUAUUAACUAACUCUCUUAUAUAUAUAUAAUCACCAAUCACCAUCGCUUACAAUCUGACUCUCUAUAAUUUUUGUUUGGGAUCAGUUGCUUUUUUCUCUCUCUCUCUCUUUCUUUUUGUUUCUUAUCUACUUUACUAUUUCAUUUCACACUAAAUUUAAUUUAGUUUUCAAAGAAACACAAUGUGGUAAAUACCUCCCCUCCAGACAAUGCUCCAUCUCUCUUCUCUGUGAUAUAAUAAUAGGCGGUGGUAUAUUAUCCUAAUAAUAUCACUUGUUGUAUGCACAGUGUGUAUGGAUUUCAACAUUCUUGCAGACAAUCAAACUGGAGUAGUGAGAGUGUUCAUUGCUUUCUCCUUCGUCUUCUUCGUCCUCUUCUUCUUUGUGUGUUAACAUAGAGUUGUCAGGGAUCUUUCAUCUUUCUUCAGUAAGUAAGCAAGCUGGUGAUUGAUUAUAUUACCCUCAACAAUACAUACUUACAUACGUCAUCCAUCUAUCACCAAUUGUCCAUCCAUCCAUCCAUCUACAAAAUUGCAGUUAUCUAAUCCAGGCUCAUUUUCAGCAGUAUACACACGUAUUAUAACAUACAUGAUUUCGUCUUUUUGUGCUUCUGUUUUUUUGUUUGUUUCGUUUUUCUUGCUAAUUAUGAUGUGUGUUUAUUGUUCGUGUGUGAGGUCGGUGCGACUGACACCACCUCAACCACCACCCCCGCCACUACUGUUACUGCUAAUGUGCUACUACUACUACUACUAUUUAUUUUAGUGAUUUGAAAUGACGAAUCAUCCAUCACUUUUGUUGAUUUUGUUUUGUUUUAUUAUUAUUAUUUCUAUUUUCUCUGUUUUAAUAACUUUAGACAUCGUUCAUUUAUUUGUUUGUUUGUUUUUCUGUAUCUAUGUGUAUCUAAUGCUUUAUUUGCGGGGGUCGGAGGUGGUGGGUGUGCGUGCGUGUGUGAUACAGACAGACAGAAAUACAGUCAACAUGAUUUCCCCUCAUUGGGAUAAUAUGAAUAAUAAUAAUAAUCUUCAGCAUAUAUUUCUUUCUCCUCUCCUCUCUUUCUGUGUGUGUGUGU